UGCAACAAGAAGGUUGUUGGGUUGAACGCUGGUCAGAGACAUAUAAACGUUCGGUGUACACACAUACAUACGUAUUGAUGAAAUAACGAAACAUUAAACAAAACCAGGCUGCUGCGUAAGCCAAUCGGUUGUGCAAUAACAAAAGAAAUAAAAAAAAAAAAAACGAAAAACCGAGAGCCACUACUAUCAGUCACUCAUACAAUAAUGCUCACCAAUUGUGAGGUGAAUUUCCAACAACUUCCUUCCGUUUUACUAUCAAGUUUUGGUCAAAUGUGUGCCUCUGCAGGGAGCGCGCAUAAAGGCUAAAGUUGGUGUUUUUUUCUUUGUUACUUUGCCGCUCUGGCUCUCAAUCUUUUUGUGUGUGUUUGAAUAACUCUCUGGGUGACAGGUUAAUCGUAAAUUGGCCUUUCGUGCUUAGGCUAAGGCGGCUCGUGCUCGUGCCUCAGAGAGCUUUAUACGAAAGUGCGUGAGUAUGAAACGUUAGUUUUCAAGUGAUGUUAAACGAGUUAACAUGUGUUUUGCGUAAAAGCCGGUGUGUGAUAAUAACAAAAAAAAGGGUUUUGAAUAAUAAAAACAACAACAACAAAAGAAAAGAAAAAAGUGUUAAAAAUUAGAAAAAAAAUUAAACUUAAAAAAAUAAUUAUAAAGAAAAAUACAUAAGAAAAGGUUUUUGUUAACAAAAACCUUAGGGGCUUUGGAAACCUUACUCUCUGCCUCUCUAUCUCUCUUUACGAUUUUUUCAAGCCAAAGUUUUAUGUUGUAUGUGUGUGGGUGUAUGUGUUUAAGCAUUUGAUUGCCCUGCCAUUAAGAUAUUGUGUGUGUGUGUGUAUGAUGUUUCAAAUUUCCCCAAACAAAAGUUCUUAACCAAAUCCAUAACUGCAAAGGACAUUUGUCAUAAAAUUAAAAUUUCUCUCAUCUCCAAAGAAAAUGAAAUUCACUUGGUAUCCUGUAUAUGUGGGUGGUGUAGGUGUAAUGUGUUAACUUGAAAUGGAAAAAAGAUAAAUUUAUAAAAAAAAAUUGUGCGUGUGCGUGUGCCCUAAAUGAAAUAUUGUUGCAAAAAAGAAGUGUAAACAAAAAUCUUAGCAAAAGAGCCGUUAUAAAUCAGCACAAAUCUGCCAAAAAAAAAAAAAAGUUUUGACAAAGCAAAACAAAAGAAAACCAAAAACGAAACAAAACAAAAGUGUUGACAAUUUCGUAUAGCCUGAGAAAAACACAAGGACCAAUUUAAAGCCAUCUUAUCCCACCAAUAAACAAGAAAAAACAAAAGAAGAGGAAAAGGAUUAUCUCAUGCUUUUUUAAGGAUACGCCAACAAAUGUGGGACUCAUGAAGCUAUUCAAUUUAAGACAUGUUACGAGAACAAGGCUACAAACAAACAUGGCCAUGGAUCAACGAAGAACCCACAAGCGAAUACGCAGCAGAAUCAUGUCAGAAACAUCAUCAGCGAGGAGUUGCUACUCCAGCAACAGCAGUAGCAACAUCAACAGUCAUAGCAGCAGUCAUCGAACAAUGCCAACUCGUCGAACAUCAUUAUGGACGAUAGCUUUUAUGUCAAUUGUAUGCCUUAUUGUAGCGAAUGAGGCAAAAAACCUCAAUGCCAGCGAAGCCUUUGACAAUACCUGGAGUACAGCCACCGAUCUAGAAAAUGAGCUGGAGUGUGUUUCAUCACAACAAAAACGUUCGGUUAAGGGAGGCACCUCGAGCAGUAGCAGUGCUUCCGGCAGCAGUAGUGGCAAUAAUUCUGGUGGCAGCGGUGGCUGGACAGCCUGGUCCGAAUGGUCAACCUGUUCGCGCUCCUGUGAUGGGGGUGUCAUGCAACAACUGCGUCGCUGUCAAAAUGCCAAUGGCUGUAAAGGUGAUUCGGUGCGUUUUCGCAUUUGCAAUAUGCAGCCGUGUCCUGAUAAAAUUGAUUUUCGUGCCCAACAAUGUUCUGCCAACAAUGAUGUGCCCUAUGAUGGCACUCUAUACAAAUGGACACCGCACUAUGACUAUGUGGAGCCGUGUGCACUGACAUGCAGAGGCCGGCCUGCCCAUUUAACCGAUGACGUAUCACCCGAAGCCCCCAGCGACGAUAGCGAACAUUACGAUGAACUGAGUGUGGUGGUGCAAUUAAGUCCGCGUGUCUUAGAUGGCACACGCUGUCGUUCCGGCAGUUUGGACAUGUGUAUACAAGGCAAAUGUCAGCGAGUUGGCUGUGAUUUGAAAAUUGGCUCAGCGAAAAAGGUCGACAUUUGCGGGGUUUGCGGUGGCAAUGGCAGCUCCUGUUCCCAAUCGCUCUAUCAAUGGGAGACGGUACCGAUGUCCCUGUGCUCAGUAUCAUGCGGCGGAGGCUAUAAAAUGUCUCGUGUCGUAUGCCGCAGCCGUGUCUCAGGCACCGAGGUUGAGGAUGCCAUGUGCAAUGCAGCUAAUCGCCCGGAGCCAUCGGUGGAGCUGUGCAAUACUCACACCUGUCCGCCUAGAUGGAUAGCCGACGAUUGGAGUCCCUGUCAUCGUCCUUGUGGGCCUGGAAUUCGCAGCCGCAUGGUAGUGUGUGCCGAAGAGAACAAUGGCCUAAAAACAAGAGUUGCAGAUGUUUUGUGUCCCAUGCCGAAGCCACCCACCCAGGAGCAGUGCAUUAUAGCCGAAUGUCCAAAGUGGGAAGUUGAAAAGUGGUCUAGUUGUUCCGAGUCCUGCGGCCAAGGAAUACAGAUGCGUAACGUCGAAUGUAAAUCAGCCGAUGGCGGUCUGAGCGCCAAAUGUGAUCCUUUGACAAAGCCCUCCAGCGUUCAACAGUGUACCACAGGCAUCGAAUGCGGCCCCUCGGCCGCAAGUGUGGGAGGCGGCACUAUUAUUGUGGGCAGCAGUAAUUCCUUUUCUUUUCUAUGCUAUGCUCAACAGGAUCCUAUGGAUGUUGACGAGGAGGAAGAUUUGGUGGAUGAGGAUGAGGAUGAUGAGGAGGAGGACUCUGACAUGGAAGAUGAUGCCGAUGAUGCUUCCUACAAUGAUCAACCGGUUUACUCGCAUCACACCAUGAAUCGUUUGCUGCAGGAGGAGCCAGAUGGACCACGUAUGAUGCGUCUGCAAUCAUCCAGAUAUCGUUCUGCGGAAUCAAGGCCAUCGGAACCCACGUAUAUCAAGGAGAGUGAAUGGUCACCUUGCAGCGUCACUUGUGGCGAAGGCAUACGGCGACGCGCUUACAAGUGCAAAAUUUUCCUAGAAUUCUCACGCACCUUGGCCACCAUAAACGACACCAUGUGCGAGGGCAGCAAACCCCAUGACGAAGUUGAAAGAUGCGUGGAAGAGCCUUGUAUGCUGCCCUCACAUGGCUAUGAGGAUCAAUAUCCCCGCGACUCCAUCAAGGUGGGAGUUUCAGAGCCCGGCAAGACUUAUGUGUGGCGAGAGCAGGGCUAUACCAGCUGCAGUGCCAGUUGUUUGGGUGGUGUGGAGGAGCUCAUCAUCAAUUGUGUAAGGGAGGAUAAUGGACGUGUGGUAUCGCCCUUCUUAUGUGCUCCCGAGACAAAGCCAGAAGCUCGCGUUAGAACCUGCAAUGAUCGUCCCUGUCCUCCAAGAUGGAAUUAUUCAGACUAUACCCCCUGUUCCAAGUCCUGUGGCAUUGGUAUCAAAACGCGAGAAGUGCAAUGCAUACACGAAGUCACCCGAGGAGGUGAGAAUACCAUGGUGGUGCCCAACAGCAUGUGUCCCCAGCCUCCACCAGCUGAUCGUCAAUAUUGCAAUGUCCUAGAUUGCCCUGUACGCUGGGAGGUGGGCGAAUGGUCCAAAUGCUCCCACACCUGCGGCUAUGGCUUCAAGGAGCGUAAAGUAGAGUGCAAACAGAUUAUGGCCCAAGAGCAUAAAAUCGAAAGGCCCGAAUCCAUGUGUCCCAGUGCCAAGCCUCCAGAUAAGAAGCCCUGCAACAUUAAACCCUGCCCUCCAGAGGAUCCCAAGCCCAUCAUACAAAUCAGCAAUACCACCCACAUACAGCAUGAUCCCAAGAAGUCGAAAAUUACUCUGAAAGUAGGAGGAGCAGGUGUGGUCUUCUUUGGCACUCAGGUUAAAAUUAAGUGUCCCGUUAAACGCUAUAAUCGCACCAAAAUAAAGUGGAAUAAGGAUCACAAACCUUUGGCGAAAUCCCGCAAAUUCAAGGUAUCCAAGAAAGGAGCUUUGCGUAUAUUGGACAUAACAUUCCGCGAUGCGGGUGUGUAUUCAUGUCAUGCUGGUCUAAGCAGCGCGGAGAUAAUGAUUGAUGUCAAAGCUAAGCCGGGUCAAAGGCCUGAAGAUUUGGAAAGGCAUGAAUCAGAACGCCUGGUACGUGAAAGAAGUGGCACAGAACCUUUGACUGCCGCCGAUAUGACAGCAGCUGAUAACAGUACCCAAACCACACGUCGCAAACAGCAACAAAAUGCCAGGGAACGUAGUCGUCGUCCCAAGUCCGAUGGAGUGCAACAACAUGUGGACAGCAGUAUUAUGGGUGAUGAGCAUUCUCAUUUAGUGCAAGAGGCCCAGGAUGGCUUACCACAACCGAGUGCCAGCAGUGGCAGCAGUCGUCGCUCCAAUACCCUUUUGGCCAUGCCUUAUUUCCAGGCUUUGCUGAGUAAUCUACAGUAUCUUUGGCCAUCAUUCCAGAAAUUUAGCAAUUCACGUGGUCAUCACAUGCUAUCGGAUAGAGGUCUAAAAUAUGGCCUAGAUGUCGAUCAGGAGGAUGAGCCCUUGAAAUUUGUUUCACACUAUGCCACCAAAGAUCUGCCAUCAAAGGCAAAAGCUGAUUUGGAUGGGACUCAGACUGGUGAUGAUGAUGAUGACGAUGAGGGCGUUGAUAUGUUGGUCAACCAAAUGAAUGCAGCUACAAAUGCCACCGAUAACGAGAGACAAUCAACUAUGCAUUUACCCCAUGCCCGAUGGCCCAAUCAUUGGACGGAUACAGCAGCAUCAUCCUCAUCAGUAUCGCCAGCCACGCAUACAAACGCUGGCAAUUCAGUCACGUACAAAUGGAUAGCAAGUCCUUGGACACCAUGUUCACAGAAAUGUGGAGCUGCUGGUUCGGGUUUGAGAAGACGCACCAUUACCUGUGUACGAGUCCAUUUGAGAGAUGCUAUGCCCUCCUCCUCAAACGACAACAACAAUGUUGUGGUUAAUGCUCUGUGCGAAGACUUUGGCCUGGACAUACCCGAUACCUUUGAAACUUGCGGCAGCGAAGAAUGUCCCCAUUGGGUCAAGGGAGAUUGGUCGUUGUGCCAUCAGUCACGUUGCUUUGGACGCAAUACGGCCAUCCAAAGACGUGAAGUUUCCUGUCGCUUUGCCAAUGAUACAAUAUCACGCCUCUGCCCUGAAUAUGAGAAGCCCAUCAGUCGCCAGGAGUGCUAUAACGAAAGAUGCAAGGGUGUGUGGCGUGUAGAGCCCUGGUCAGAGUGCAAUGCUCCUUGUGGCCGCCAGGGCAUCAAAUAUCGCAUACUGCAGUGUGUCUGGUAUGGCACCCGGAGACCAGCGGGCAAUGCUUGCAAACAUCAGAAUCGGCCUGCAGUAAUGAAAGUCUGCAAGAGUCCACCCUGCUAUGCAAAAGCCUUAGAACGUUGCAAAGACACCUCACGUUAUUGUCGCAAUGUUCGCUCCAUGGGACUGUGCCGUUUGCAGCGUUACCAGGAGAAAUGCUGCAAGUCCUGCAAAUACAAUAGCAUUCCAAAUUAGCAUUUACUCUUGCAGCAACAUCAUUACCUGCCUCAGCUCUACUACUACUACUAUCAACAUCAUCAUCAUCAACAUCAACAUCAGCAGCUUCCUUCUAAUCCCUAUCAUUAUGAACAGAGUUCUUCUACUGCGCCUCCUGCAAUGCUCAUUGAUUACUUCGACUACAAGCGACAACAACAGCCAAUGUUUGCUUCAAUGUGGCCCCAGCCUGAUACAAUUCGGACAUAACCUAUUUUUGGCAAUACCCCCGGGGGAGAAGAAACCCCCUACCAUAACAAAAGGACAUUCAUACAAAACAAAGCAAUUAUAAAUUAAAUGACAACAAAUAAAUAUUUAAAUUAUACAAUUUA